AUAAUAAUAAUAGCUAUCUGCAUGGCGAAAACGACCCUAUCACAAACUAACUACAUAUUCCAUGAUGCACUUCGUCGUAGUUCAGUUUUGCUUCCGAGUCAUUUUCAGAAUCACCGACAGAGAUACUUUUGAAGCGAAUUUAUUGAUAAAAUUAGUUGUAUGUGUAAUUUUUAUGUUUUUCAGACAACAUGGUUAUGAUAUUUUAAGUUUUAAUCACACCAGCAUGGGUCUGUGAAGGUGACGACUUAAUGUUUCCACAUCUAAAAAAAAAAGGACUUGGUGUGGGGACACACCCAACAAAGUAUUGUUAAUGCCCUGGGUUCCUAACUAUGCUGUUAAGGUCAUCCGGCGUAAGCAGCUAUAGGUGUUCGUCACGACAGCCUCAGCUCAGUCAGGAGGGAUUACAGCGUGUACUUUGAAGGAGACAAAGGAGAGGCUUUUGCUAUUCUUAAUCUGCAAAGGAUGGAUCUUGGUAAAGCAAAGCUGCUUAGGACAGGACUCAACACUCUACACCAAGCGAUCCACCCUGUGCAUGGGAUUGCAUGGACAGAUGGCAAGCAGGUCUGCCUGACAUCCCUCUGUUUCAUCAACGGGGAGGUGAAGUUCGGAGACACGAACGUAAUUGGUCAGUUUGAGCAUGUUCUCGGUCUCUUUUGGGGCCCGCUGUGCUGCUCUGACUCUCCUGCGCUGCUGGCUGUUCAGCACAAGAAGCACGUCACAGUGUGGCAGCUGCAGCUCAGUACCCUUGAGCAGAACAAGCUGCUCUGCACCCAGACCUGCGAGAUGAGCGAGCCGUUCCCGUUGCUUUCUCAAGGCUGCGUCUGGCACCCUAAACUGGACGUCCUGGCUGUCCUGACGAAGAGAGACACAUCCGUGUUGUUCUCUGUUAGGGUGGACAACCGGAGGAUCAAAGCAGACAUCAAAAGUAGCGGACUCGUUCACUGUGCUUGCUGGACUAAGGAUGGGACUCGCCUGGUGGUGGCCAUAGGCAGCGCUCUUCAUUCUUACAUUUGGAACGACAUCCAGAAGAGCCUCGUGGCCUGCUCCUUCUGCCCCAUCUUUGAUGUGGGGGGCUACAUUUGUGCAAUUGAAGCCACGGGAGAGGCUCAGGUGGCCGUGGCUACAGAGCUCCCGCUUGAUAAAAUAUGUGGUUUAAAUGCCGGCAUGGCUUUUGACGUGUCAUCAGAGACGGAGUCCCCUCAAGGCCAGGGUGUGCCAGAUGAUGAUAGCCUUGUGGAUUCAAGAAGAAAGUCUUUUGACACGGAGAGAUCUUUUAUUCCCAGCUCGGGUCCUCUCGAUCUCACCCAGCUCCUAGCGAGGCACCGGCGCUCGGACCCCAGCCCUUUCAUCCACCUGCGUCGCCGCGACACCGUGACAGGUUCCGGGCAGGACUGCUCGCACCUCGUCCUGGUUACCUACGAGCGGAAGGUGACCACAACCCGCAAAGUUAGCAUCCCGGGGAUUUUGGUUCCUGACAUAGUUGCUUUUGAUCCUCGUGCCUCCACAGUUGCAGUGGCUUCUAACACCUGCAACAUGGUUCUUGUCUACAGCAUCACAGCCUCUGCAAUGCCCAACAUCCAGCAGAUCUCUCUGCAGCAAAACGACCGGCCCAAAGGGGUCUGCUUCCUCAGUGACAAGGUUCUGCUGAUGAUGGUGGGCCGGCAGAAGUCCAACGACCCUGCCUUCCUUCCUUCAUCCAACACAGAUAAAUUCAUUCUUCGCCUCGUCGUCAAAGAGUUGAUAUACGACAGCGGGACACCCGUCGCACCAUCCCCCUCUUCUAAGAACAAUGAAGCUUCUUCUAAUUUCUGCGCAGGGAUUAGGAGACACUCGGAGCACUUGUCAAAGGAUGACAGGGAGCGCCCAGGGAUAAAGGACUUGGUGCUGCCUGGCAGAGGGGUAGUUUGCUCACCAGGGAACAGGCGCCGGCUGGUCGAGGAGGUGAAGAGCAGCGAACCCAUCACCGUCACCACCUCUGUGGACUUGGCCGAGCGGUCCGACAGAGCCCAGUCCGGCCGUUCCUCCAUCACCAUGGAGAAUUUCGACAUGGACCACAUCAACCGAAUGACCAGCUUGGCGGUGGCUGGCCAGGCCAGCAGAGAUUCCAGUCGGGCGAGUUCCCCUCGCUUUGAGUUAUCGGAGAAGAUCCACGCAGAGCCGACCCUGCCUGUGCCCGAGAAGGUGUCCGGCUCGCCCAAGGAGCGCGGUCUAGAGCAGCUUGUGCACAACAUGGAAAGGCUUUUUACGCGCUUCGCAGAUGUGCAGCGGUGUCUGACGGAAAUCAGAGACUACACGCAGAACGGCAAGAGGGUCCAGAAUGUGUAUCCCAGUGCAAGCGAACCUCCAUAUGUCAACAUCACAUGCCAGAAGCAGCUAUCAGAGAACGUGUUCAUUGAUGAGAGGAGGCCAGUGCUGCUGUGUGAGGGGAGGCUCUGUCUACGGGUCCUCCAGGACCUCUUCAACCUCCCCAUCGUGGAGAUGAUGUAUGGACCGUUGUGGAUUGUACUUGUGGCAGAUGCAGAUGGAUUUGUGCCUCUGACAUUCAAGCCCAAAGGGGAACUGACCGUUCGGAACGGGAAGAGGAAAACUACUCUUCGGACUCCUGGAAGUCCAGACGAUUCUUGCCCAUCCAGUCCCGCUCCCUGCCAAAGUCCAACAGCACCCACCGAGGCCUCAUAGUGACUCCUGGUGCACUUUUCUGAAGGGUCCUAAAGAGAGUUGCUGCUUUUUUUUUUUUUUUUUUUUUUGCUUUGAACUUAAAGAGACAAUGUGUAGUUUUUAUCGUUAAUCUCUGAAAAUAUCCAACGAAAUGUUGUUGAAAAUGAAUUAAAUGAUGCCCAGUUGCUGAAAUAUUUUGGCAGCUUCAUAACGUAUAAAAGAGGUGCUGAAAAAAAUUGAUUCAAGUCUGAAUCGGGAUUCGUAUUUAUAAAGAUUCAGAAUCGAUUCACAAAGAUUCAGAAUCGGUUCCAAGAACUGAAAUAUUUGGCAUGUUACGGGUUUGAGAUGAACAUUUUUGAUCUUUGUUAGGAGAGUCAGUACUCCGUUUACUUUUGUGGUCCCAUAAAUUGAAAUAAUUUAUGUUUGAAUCUGCUGAUAAGAGGGCACUUAAAUAUAAUUUUUUCCAUACUCAGAAAUUUGAGAUAUUCUCAUAUUUAUUAUAUUAAUUAUAUUAAUGAUCUGAUUUUACUCCCAAAAUGUCGAAUUUUGUAGUUAUGCUUCAUAGUUAAUUUAAAAAAAAAUACAAAAUGAGUAAAAUUUGUUCGUGCCAGGGAAAAUUAAAAAAGGAGCUUAAUGUUAUUCUGUAAAGUAUGUACCACACAUGGCCACAAGAGGGAGCAACACUCAACAAAACCUUCACUAAAGCAUCCUUCUGGGUCAGCAGUACUCACUCCUGGUCCUGGGGAGCCGGUACUCAGCAUGUUUCAGUUUUAACUUUGCU